AUGGCACCAGGAUCUCAUUACCAGAACAAACAAGAUGCUAUUCUUACGAAACAACUCCAUGGAACAACAGGGAAAGCCCAAGGUCUCUUGGCCAUGCGAAAAGACUUCAAAACCCACAAGGCCGUACUUGACGGGUACUUCGAGUAUUUCGGAAGAAACGUCGUUGAAGAGGAUAGAGAAGAAACGGCAAGCGGAAUACAUAACUAUGGUAAAGCCGGUGCAGUAUUCGGUGUGUACGAGUGGCUUCUCACCGACAAGUACGAGGAAGAAAAUACCGAGCAUCGGCAGCUUGCUUUGGGGAUCCAGCAGGGGAACGGAAUUGCCAAGCUGUUCACGAUCUCCGAAGGUCUUGAUGCUAUGAAAUCCGCCGGAUUUGAGAUUUUGCACCAUGAAGAUUUUGCGCAUCGGCCUUGCACCGCACCCUGGUAUUACCCACUUGAUAUCAGUCUCUGGAAUGCCCGUCACUAUGGAGAUCUGUUCUACUACGCCUUGAUGAGUAAGUGGGGAAGAACUGCCACCCAUUAUAUGUUGAGGGGGUUGGAAACCGUUAGGGCUGUUCCAAAGGGCACUACUGCGGUGGAGGAUAGCUUGGACCUUGCUGGGGAUUCUCUGGUGGAAGCGGGAAAGAAGGACAUUUUCACUCCCAUGUAUCUCAUGCUAGGCCGGAAGCCGGAUGCCUGA